AACUUCGAAUACCGUUCACCGUCGAUACUCGAGUAGACGCUUUCAAAUACGGUCUGCAGUCGUAGGACCACGUACAGAGACGUACCUCAAGUCAAAUUCGGAGAAAAUGUCAGCAAGUAUUUUUACCGUCCUAGCCGCGGCAGUGGUGGCAGUCGCCGUCCGCGAAUCUUCGGCGGUGACGAACGAAGCGACGUUUAUCAUCGACUCAGUGAACGCGGACCCAGGCAACACGUGGAGGGCCAGCGACACCAACGUCAUCCCAGGAGACGGAAAAAACUUCAAUCAGUUGAUGGGUGUAUUGCCCAGGAACUUCAACUCGCUUAGGUUCGCCCCGAUAAAGAAAAGCGUCGAGGAUGAAUCCAACGAAGCUCUCCCCGAGAAUUUUGACGCCAGAGAACGAUGGCCUGAGUGCUCGUCCUUGUUGGGUUCGAUCAAGGACCAGUCUAACUGUGGAUCGUGUUGGGCCGUGUCUGCGGCUUCCGUGUUCAGCGACCGCCUGUGCAUAGCCACCGGUGGAGCGGUGGCCAAAAACCUGUCUGCCGAACAGUUGAAUACUUGUUGCUAUCGAUGCGGUAACGGAUGCGACGGAGGGUCGCCAGAGUCAGCGUGGUAUUUUUUCAUGAGGCACGGUAUCGUCACAGGUGGAGAUUACGGAUCCGAAGACGGUUGUCAACCGUACAGCAUUUAUCCAUGUGGUAAAGGAAGGAACACUUGCAUAGACAAUGAACCCGACACGCCAGAUUGUUCGAUAAAAACUUGCACCAACUCGAAAUACCCGAAAAACUACAGAGCUGAUUUGCAUUAUGUUGAUACCGUAUACUCGCUGUCGAGAUCCGAAGAAGAUAUCAUGAAAGAUUUAUACAAAAACGGUCCAGUCCAAGCGGCUUUUUAUGUGUACACAGAUUUCAUGUACUACAAAAGUGGAGUGUACAGUUACACCAGAGGUCAAAUAGAAGGCGGUCACGCGAUCAAGAUCUUGGGCUGGGGCGUUGACGACGGUACCAAGUAUUGGUUGUGCGCCAAUUCGUGGAGCCGAUCAUGGGGCGAGAACGGACUGUUCAGAAUACUUAGGGGCAACAACGAGUGCCACAUCGAGGACCGCGUGGUAGCCGGAAUGCCUCAUGUGCCGAAAAAUAUUAAUUAACAGAUAAAAUACACGUACAAUUUAUUAUAAUUGUCACUAUAUAUUGUAACAAAAAUAAUAUAUUAUAAUAAUAUGUAGACGCGACAGAGUUAGCCUUUUCUAUAUUGACCUCGGUCGUCCAAUUAUAUAUUUUGUAUUUACAAUAUUAUUAUUCACAUAAAUAUUUAUUUUAUAUUCA